CUUAUAUAUAAACUUCCUUCAAGAACAGAAAUUCAAGAAAGCAAAGAUGAAAAUAGAAAGAAAACGGAGAGUAGUACUAGUGCCAUACCCAUUCCAGGGGCAUUUAACACCAAUGCUACAGCUUGGAAGUAUUCUUCAUUCACAAGGCUUUUCUGUUAUAGUUAUACAUACUGAGUACAAUACUCCUAAUUAUUCCAAUCAUCCUCAAUUCGUCUUCCAUUCUAUGGAUGACGGAUUACAAGGAAUUGACCUAUCAUUUCCGAGUUUAGAAAACAUGUAUGAUUUGAACGAAAACUGCAAGGCGCCUCUCAGAAACUACCUUGUUAGUAUGAUGGAAGAGGAAGGUGAUCAGCUUGCUUGUAUCGUUUAUGACAACGUCAUGUUCUUUGUCGAUGAUGUAGCCACUCAGUUGAAGCUUCCCAGCAUUGUCCUCCGUACUUUCAGUGCUGCAUAUUUGCACUCUAUGAUCACCAUUUUUCAGCAACCUGAAAAAUAUUUACCUUUUGAAGAUUCUCAGCUGCUGGAUCCAUUACCGGAGCUUCAUCCCUUGAGAUUUAAGGAUGUACCGUUUCCUACCAUCAAAAAUACAGUUCCAGAAUCGAUACUAGACUUCUGUAGAGCAAUGAGUGAUAUAGGAUCAUCUGUCGCGACUAUAUGGAACACGAUGCAAGACUUGGAGAGUUCAAUGUUAUUACGCCUUCAAGAACAUUACAAGGUGCCCUUCUUUCCAAUAGGCCCUUUACACAAAAUGGCACCUUUGGCCUCAUCGACUAGCAUACUAGAAGAAGACAAUAGCUGCAUCGAGUGGCUCAAUAGACAUGCCCCAAACUCUGUUCUCUAUGUCAGCUUGGGUAGCCUAGUGAGGAUUGAUGACAAAGAGCUAAUUGAGACAGCUUGGGGAUUAGCUAAUAGUGAUCAGCCGUUCUUGUGGGUUAUUCGACCUGGCUCUGUCUCUGGCUUUCAAUGUGCUGAGGCACUGCCUGAUGGUUUUGAGAAAAUGGUAGGAGAAAGAGGACGAAUAGUGAAAUGGGCACCACAAAAACAGGUGCUUGCACAUCCCGGGGUAACAGGCUUUUUCACACAUUGCGGUUGGAAUUCUACGGUUGAAAGUAUUUGUGAAGAAGUCCCUAUGAUAUGCAGGCCAUUUUUAGGAGACCAACCAGUGAACGCAAGGUAUCUGAGCCAAAUAUACAAGGUUGGGUUCGAAUUGGAGGCUAUCGAGAGAACGGUCAUAGAGAAAACAAUAAGAAAACUUAUGCUAAGUGAAGAAGGCAAAGAUGUGAAGAAAAGAGUAGUAGACAUGAAACAAAACAUAGUUGCUGCUAUGCAGAUUGAAGGCACUUCACAUAAGAAUCUGAAUGAUUUGGUAGACUUCAUUUCUGCCUUGCCAUCACGGCUCGCUCCGCCAUUGCCUGUUGUUGGGGCAAUCAUGAGCUCAAACCAUAUAGCAAGCAAGUGUAUCAUAGAGUCUUGAAGUUAUUUUUGAGCUCAAACCAUAUAUUUGUGGCCUGUUAGCUUGGCAAGACAACAAGUCCUUAAUCACAAAAGGAAGAAUAAGAUAAGAAGUGAACUUUUCAUAAGUCCAUGGUGCAAAUGCUGAAGCAGUUUACUUUAGUUUGUUGAUUGGUUUUAUAAGUUGGGAACUUUGACAUAUUGCUUCCUAGUUGGUAGGACAAUAUUUUC